AUGUAUUCUCCUGUCGCUCCCCCUUCCCCUUCCCGUCCACCUCCCCUUCCCCGUCGAGACCGGGGGCUUGCUUCGGAGCAGACCGAAGUAAAAGAAGCUGCGUUGUCUCAAGCCCUUGGUUCGUCGCAGCCAACCGUCAAGGCUCGGCCUUAUUACGAAGUGCAUUCAAGCACUCGUUUUGAAAUGCUCACGGGUAGAACCCGUCCAGAGGGUCAGCCUCAAGCUGACGCUUCCCUUUACGAUGGCAAGCUGCUAUCUGAUCAGCCGAUAGCCGUUCGGCGGCGCUCGCGGUCUCUCUCUCGAAGUCCUCGUCCUCGCCCUCUUGGCCAGGUCUUCACCAACCUGCCGGAUUUUGGUAUCAGCAAUGGAACCAGAAUCGAAGAACAGGUGCCGAUUGUUCUUCGCCCGGGGUUUUCAACAACCCCCACCGAGAUAGAGGCUACCAGCAACGCCCAUCUGCGCCGCCUUCCCCCGUUGAGCAACGUCGAUUGCACCGUGCAGUCGCACCUGGCUGCUUCCGUUUCCACUUCGGCGAUUGACCAGACGCCACGCGAACGCUACGGUCCUGUUUUGCGGAUUUCAUCAAGUGCAAACAGGUUCCUCGUGGAUUCCCCGAACGACGAUGAUCAGGUUCACUCGCUGCCUUCGUUGUCCUCUGCGCCAUUUGUGCGCCCUCCGUACUCGCCGCAGUUGCCCUCCCCGCUGUGCCAGUCAUCCUCGCUGCCUUCUACCCCCAUCGGCAGCCAAGCAGGCUGUCCUCAAAUUCGUCGGAAGCCUGCGCCUCCCCCACCACGCUCUUCCUCCCUGAAGGGCAUCGCGAGCCCGCCUGAGCCCGUCGACCUGCGGACGCUCCCGCCCAAUUCCGGCAGCCUGUUCGAGAAAUACAUGCCGGCCGAGCGACCAGUCAUCCAAACGGGCAUCGUGAAGGCACCGACAAGACGGGUUGGCUUAAAGAAGAGCAUUAGCAACCUGUUUGCCCGGGCAGGCCGACCUGAGUCUCGCGGGCCAAGUCUCCAGACCACCAGCCAAGGACUGAAGCCACAGUCCUCAAUCCCCGAGCUGGUCAAGGCUAGGACCUCCAAGCCGGCCAGAUUGACGAAGGUGCGGCCCGUCGACAUUUCGGCCCCGGUGCCAGUCAUUCCCUCUGGCCCCACGCCAUCCAGACUUGCGGCCUUGCAGGCCGCACAGUCGACAUUGGUCGUGGUGGCCGAGACGGUCCCAAGGCCUGCGGUGCCUACCCCGGCCGCCAACCAGUCUCCGGCAAACGCCCGGUUGAGCCCUACGACAAUUGCCCAGCCGCAAGGCGGGCACGGGAAUUCAACUUCCCUAUCGUGGGCGGAAAUCACCCAGUGCGUCAACCGGCUGGGAAAGCGGUUGGUUCAGGAGAGCGACGCCGAGAAGCGAAAGAAGUUGUACGCAGACUUCGUUCGUCUGGUCACCCUCCGCGCUGACGUGAUGAGCCAGGAGGCCAUUCUCGCCGAGCAGGCAUCCCUUCUUGCGGUAAUGGGAGCGGAAACCCGUAGACGUCGCGGACUGGCGUCUAUGCGGGUUCUCGCCCUCUACCAAGAGGAUGGGACCCUCCUCGACGAGGAAGUGCCGACUGAUCGGAUCGCCAAGGAGUGGUAG